UGUGUGGUGCUAUGAUGGUCUCAGCUCAAGAAUGGAAAAAUGUUGGAAACUGUGGUGCAGGAUUGAAAUGUGGUCCACAAUGUCAGAGGCUUUGUCUAAUCCAGCACAAUUACUACCGUUCACUGCACAACUCUCCCCCACUCAAAUGCGAUCCGAAUUUAGCCAAAUCGGCGCAAUCCUGGGCAGACUCUAAUGCCAACCAUGAUGCCGUCCAAAGAUCAACGCCGACAAAAAAUUAUGUCGAAAGCAUUUCCUGGAAGAGAUGGGGCUGGGAAGGAAUGGGGACUAGACUAGGAGCAAUUCCCAGUGCAGUGAGAAGCUGGUAUAGUGAGCUAAAACGUGGUUACGAUUAUAACACAGGCCUAGGGAAGGGCAUUGUAAGCCACUUUAAGUCCGUAGUUGACGCUCGAGAGACUCACCUUGGUUGUGGUAUCAGAAUCAAACCAGGCGAUGGAACGUACGUCGUGGCUCAUUAUUCAUUGCGUCCGCGGCUACAAUUCAAGCUAAACGACUUCAGUUCAACUAAAAACAUUGGACUGCCAAAACAGCCUGAUCCUCAGUGUCACCAAAAGUCUUUUGAGAGAGAACAAUGUGGGGAUUUUAAAAGUCCAUUUAUAACCCCUGACAAAUGCUUAAACGCUGGAUGUUGCUAUGAUGAUAUGUUUAUGGAUGAACCUGGCUUACAGUGGUACAGUCCAAACGCAUCCUUAUGGUGUUUCAGUAAAAAGAAGGGGGCUGAUACUGGCUUGAUAACACAUGUAUCUACCUCUGGGACAAUGUCAUUCCAGUCUCCUCCGCCGCCCCGAAAAGAGGAUGAUUACAAAGUACUUCAAACCCAGUCUUCUGAGGGAUCAGUACAAGUUCGUCCACCAUGUCCAGAAGCAAAAGAUGUCCUCAAUAAUAUCAUUGGUCUCGUAAACGCUGUAACUAAAGUUGCUGCCUCGAAAGGCUGCGGGAAAGCUGUCGCUGGUCCUGGACCUGUAUCACAACUACCCUCAAAAUCAACAACUGGGCCAACAGCAGCAACAUCUCCAUCACCAUCUUUAACAUCCUCAUCAAGUUCCAAAGCAGGACCAACCAGUGGCCCUACCGCCCUAUCGGCCAAAGGAGCAAAACAGGGCGAGGAACCCUGCUUUGGUAAUACCUGCUACAUGAUUUCUGAAACGGGGAAGUCUUGGGACGAGAACCAAAAGAACUGCAAAGCAUCUGGAGGCGACCUAGUUUCCUUGGAAACAGAGGCUGAGUGGCAGUUUGUCAAUAGCAAGAUCCAAAAUAUUACACUUCAGGGAGCCAAUGAAUGGCACAUAGGUUUGAAAAAACAGGGAGAUUGGAAAUGGGUCAAUGGAAAUCCGAUGACCAUUGAAAAAUGGCAGCGUUCUCAGCCAUCUGGUGAUGGAAAUGUUGCUGUUAUGUCAAAAGAUUACCCACCUGGAAGUCAAGGGCUAUUUAACGAUCUUAAUGCUCAAAUGCCCAGACCUUUCAUAUGCGAAAUACCAAAAGGAGCUAGUCCUCAGCCUGGACCUCAACCAACCUCAAAACCUGCUGUGGGGCCAACAGAAGCACCAGCUCCAUCAUCGUCUCCAACAUCUUCAGCAAGUUCCACAACAAAACCGACCAGUGGCACUACUUCUCAGCCAGCUGGCGGAGCAACAUCAGAAAUGACUGGAUUUGAAAAAGACUGUUUAAAAGCUCACAAUGAAUAUCGAGCAAAACAUGGUGUUCCUCCGUUGAAAUGGAGCGCUGAGUUGGCUGCAGAUGCACAGGAGUGGGCCAAAGAACUCGCUGUUAAAAAUCACAUGGAACAUGACUAUGACAGUAUUAACAACAAAGGUCAAGGCGAAAAUCUGGCUUAUUUUCAGCCGGGUGACCCAUCGGCUAUGCCGACUCAGUGCCAAGGACCAAAGACAAAAGACUGUGUACAGUGCCGUGAAAUGGUCGCUGACUGGUACGCAGAAGAAUCGAAUUUUGAUUACAACACGGGAGAGAGCAAAGGAGGCGUGAUUUUGCACUUUACCCAAGUUGUCUGGAAGGAGACCACAGAGUUGGGGAUGGCAACAGCUACCAGUGCUGAUACGUGGUUUUCUGUUGCACGUUAUAAACCACGUGGAAAUAUGGGGAGUCCGUCAGAUUACGUCAAGAAUGUACCAAGGCCUCAGGUUAACGUUUAAGAGCAGUUUUGAUUGAUAAUCCAAGGAGGCAAUAAUCAAGGUGCUGCCCGCAACUGACUGAUUUAUAAGGAAAGCUUGUCUUGAACAUAUGUGUUAUAAAAUAUGAGGCAAUAAACUUCGUCCUUAUUAAAGUA